AUGGCAACGAAACCAAUUCCUUCAGAGUGCCCAAUGCGUAAACAUACUUCAACCUCAAAAGUUUCAAUAGAACAGCCAGAACAUUAUGGCAUAGAUGAUAAUAACACUGAUGAUAAUAAUAAAUCCUAUCAAAAUAGCUGUCCGCGUCAUUCAGGUGAUGCAUUAUCGCCCGACAACCAAAUCCCAAAGCUAACUCAAGAGCCAGCACCGGGUCAAACCAUUCCAUUACCGACCUCACGUGUAAUUUCAUCAAUUCCAAAAGCAAAAAGUAAAGAGUACUGGGAGUAUCCGUCACCUCAACAGUUUUAUAACGCACUUGUGAGAAAAGGGUGGGAAACCCCCGAGGAAAGUAUUGAAACUAUGGUGGACAUUCAUAACUUUUUGAACGAGGAAGCAUGGAACGAAAUAUUGAAAUGGGAGGGAAUGAGAAAACGUGAUUGUGAUCGUCCAAAGUUAUUACGGUUCCGUGGUCGACCACAUGAAUUAAGCCCCAAAGCAAGAAUUAUACAAUGGGCAGGAAAGAUUUUUCCUUCUCUCGGUACACCACCGCCAUUUGAUAGACACGAUUGGACGAUUGAUCGAUGUGGUAAGGAAGUUCGCUAUGUAAUAGAUUACUAUGCUGGGCCAGAUGAAGGAGAUACUCCGGUAUUUUAUUUGGAUGUACGGCCAGCGUUAGAUUCUGUCGACAGUGUAGUGGAUCGCAUUAGAUUAGCAACUAAGGAAACUUUUGAACAAUUAAGGGCGAGAGCUCAAACCGGUAAAACGGAAGAGCGAUAG